AUGCAACGAACACCAAUACUUCGAACAUCAUCAUCAUCUGAUAAGUUAAAUGAUUCGUCUUCAUCUCGAGUUUUGAUUCAUAGUAUUGAACAAACCAUUGAACAUACAUUACCUUUAAACAUAAUACCAAAAUCAUCGAUAAUAACAAAUCAACGUACAAUUCAAACACAAACAACACAAAAUAUUCAAUCAUCAUAUCCAUCAAAAUCUAUUCCAUCGUUUGCUGAAACUCAAUUAUUAUCUGUUUAUUAUCCAUCUAAAAAUUCUUCAAAUUUAUCAAAUAAUGAUAAAUGUAUAUUUUUUGAACAACAAAAUCGUCAACCAAUACGUUAUCGUACAACAUAUGAACCAUUAUCAUUAACAAAAUCAACACAAACAUCACCAUCAUUAAUACCAUUAUCAACACAUAGUUCAACAUUAAUUAUUCAUGGAAAUAAUCCUAAUUAUAAACAACAUUUAAAAAUUCAUUCAGGUAAUCAAAAUUUAUCAAAUGAUUUUAUUAAUGAAUAUUCAUCACCAAAAGAACUUAUUGAAGAUUCAAAUUAUUCCUAUGAAGAAUAUAUUGUAAAUUAUGAUGAAAAACAAAAUGAAACAUCAUCAUCAUCAUCAUCAUCGGUAACUACUGUUAUUGCAAAAAAUAAUGAACUUAAUUCAAAUACUAUUAAUAAUCAACGAAUAUCAAGUUGGCCACCUGUUCCCGAUGAUAUAAUACCCAUAGAUAAUCAACAUGAAAAUGAUGAAGAAAAACGUUUAUCACGUGUAAAAUUUGCUGAAAAUUUAACUCAUAUAAUACCAUUAUCAACAACAAAUAUCAAUGAAAAAACUUCAUUAUCUGAUAUUAAUUCUCAUCAUAUAUCUGAACAAUUACAACAAUUUGAUUAUCAGCCAAUAAAUCAAUCAAAAUCGAUUCAAAUUCAUAUAGAUAAAUCUGAUAAUCAAGCAAAUAUACCAACAACUAGUAAUCGUGUUAAUACAUUACGUACAUUAUUUGAACAACAAAAUAAAUCAUCAUCAAUAUUAACGAGUCCAAUAAAACAAAUUGAACCUAAAGAAAAUUUAUCAAAAUAUGGUGAUGAAAUACGUUUUCAUACAAAAGAUUAUAAUACAUCAACAAUUCAUCAUGCUGAACCAGUUCAAAUUAUUCAACAUAGAAUAAAUUCUUCUAAUUAUAAUACACAAGAUGAUCAAUCGAUAGCACCAUUUAAACUUGAUCAAAUACGACAGAUAACUGGUAGAUCAUUGACAAAUCUUAAUGAUGUUGGACAUUAUUUACAGGAUGGUCAUACAUGGCAAUGGAAUGAAAUCUUUUGGUUAAGUUUAACUAAUACUCAACAAGAUCAAUUAAAAGAUCUUGAAUAUCAAUUACAUAUGCAUCAAAAUGAUUCAAAAUAUUUAUCAUUAUCUACUAAUGAUAUGAAAAAAUUUCAAUCAACAAUAAAUAUAACUGGAGCUGGAGUAUGGCAACAACAUAAACCAGAAAGAUCAUCAUCAAACUUAACAAAAUAUAGUGAAAUAAAUGCAAUAGAUGAAAUAAAUCCAUCUAUUAGUAUUAUAAGUUCAACACCAAAUACAACUGAUGUAAAAAUUGAUUCAAAACAAAUAUUAACAUCAAAUAAACGAACUGAUAAUCAAAUAACAAUUAUUGAAGAAUCAUUUACAAAUCCUAUUAAUUCAGAUAAGACUAAUAUCGAUUUUUAUGAACAAUUUCAAUCUGAUCCAUUAAGUUAUGAACAAUUUAUAUAUGAUUAUUUAUCAACAUAUGCAAAACAUAUACGUUCAAAUGAUAAUACAUUAAUUCUUGUUAUUAAUGAACAACAAAUACAUAUGUCAAAUAUACAUUUACCAUCAUCAAAUGAUAAUUUUACUUUAACUAAAAAUAUUUAUUCAGAUUUUAUUGAUAAAGAUUUAUUACCAUUUGAAACUGAAUCAAAUCAAUUAGGUAUAUUUAUAUAUGGAGAAGUAAUUAUAUUACCUAUUGAACAAUGGUUAUUAUAUCGAAAAAAAUAUCAUAAUGCACAAUGGAUACAGAAACUUAAACGUGUCAAUCGACAUAUACCAACACAAUUACUACCAAUAAUUGAAGAAUGGCUUGCUGAUCAUACAAUAUUAUUAUUAGAUGAACAAAAACUUAAUGUUGAUGGAUUAAUUAUUCCACUUAAAGGUAAAUCAGGCUUACAUAUAAUAGAUUCAUAUAAAACUCAACACGACGAACAAAAUUAUUGGAAUGAAAUAUUAAAAUAUUUAAUACAUAUUGGUCAUGUAUCAUAUAAUACAAAUGAAAAACUUGUUCAUAUAGCUAAUAGUGAACUUGAUGUUCAACGUAUUUUAGCAUCAGAAUCAUUUUCAUCAUUGGAACUUAUUGAACGUAUAGGAAAAUAUCUUCGUACAUUAGAUAAUGUUCAUUUUGAAAAUGAUUCAUUAUUUUUAACUGAUAAUUUUCUUCUACCAAAUGAAUAUAUUCAUCAACUAUUAAUUAAAUAUAAACAAGGUGAAGAUUUAAAUGCUAAUGAAUUAGCACGUUUAUUAUUAGAAAUAUGUCAUAUUAAUGAGGAUAAUAAUAAUCAAAUAAUAAUUUUAACAUUUAAUAAACAAAUAUUAGAAAUAAAAAAUACUGAAAAUAAUUUAAAUAAUAAUCAUAUUAAUAUUUUAAUUGAAUGGCUUAAUAAUUUAAAACAAAAAAAAUUAAUUGAAAUAACUGAUAACAAUGAUAUUAUUAUUUAUUUUAAUGAUAAAAAUAAUUUUAAACAACAAUUAUUUAUUAAACAUGAAUAUAUUAAUACAUAUAUGAAAACAAAUAAUAAUAAUAAUAAUAAACAAACAAAUAUUAUUAAUAUAAAUGAUAUAGCUAAUAUUUUAUUUUUAUAUAAUUAUGUUCAAUAUUCAUCUGGUCAAUUUAUAUUUCCUAUAUUAAAUAUUAUAUUAGAUACAGAUGAAUUAAUUUGGUUACAAUCAAUUAUACAUUCUAUUCAAUCUAAUGAUCAUACACAAGAAAAUGAUAUUGAAUUAUUUGAUGGUCAAAAUACACAAACACUUCAUAUACCAUAUGAAUAUAUGUCACCAACAAAUAAUAUUAAAACUAUAGCUAAUUAUUUAUUUCAACAUGGACAUAUUCGACAUGAUGUUAAUACAGGAAAUUAUAUAUAUCGUUAUAUAUCAUCAGAUGAAAAUAAUCAUUCGAUCAAUGAACAUACAAAUCAACAUCAAUUACUUUCAUCUCAUAUUCAACAUAUACAUAUUGAUAAAAAUCAUAAACGUAUUGAACUUGAAUUUGUUCAUGAUUCAAAUCAUUAUCUUUUAUUACCCUCAAAUUGGUAUCAACAAAUAUUAGAACAUCAAUUUAAUCGUUCUUAUAUUAUUGAUAUGGUAAUAAGAAAUGGUGGUACUUUUGAUCGAGAUAAUUUUAUUUUUAAUGGUGACUCGUAUUUAUUAAAACCUUCAAAUGACUUAACAUUAGAUUUACUUUCAAAACAAAAAGAAAAUCUUAUUGAUAAUUAUGUUGAAUAUAUAAAUAAUCAAGGUGAAAUAAAAUAUGAUAAUAAAAAUCAUUUAUUAAUAUUAGAAAAUUUAUCUGAUGGUUCAAAAUUAUAUUUAACACCUGAACAUACACAAUUCAUACAUAAAAAUCAAUAUCGACGAGAAGAUAUGAAAUCUAUACUUAUAAAAUAUAGUCAAUUAAAACAAGAUGAAUUUAAUAAUUGGUUAUUAUAUUAUGAUAAUCAAUAUAUACAAAUUCCAUCAUUAAAUAUAAAUAAUAAAAAUUAUGAACAAUAUUCUAAUAAUAAAAUAGAAUUACUUAAUCAAUAUCAUAAAAUAAUUGAUUAUAUGUAUAAUCAUAAUUUAAUAACAUAUAAUAAAAAUUUAAAAAUAUUUCAAAUAAAAUUUUCAAAUGAAAUUUUAAUAAUACCAUUAAAUCAAUUACAAUCAAUAAUUAAUAUGAAAAAUUUUCAUUUAUUAAAUAAUGAUAUUUUACCAUUUAAUAGUUAUCAAUUAUCACAAUGGUUAUUAAAAAAUUCUAGUCAAAUAAAUUAUUAUAAAAAUAAUUCUAUUGAAAUUAUUUAUAAAAAUAAAUUUUAUUAUUUACCAUUAAUUUAUUUAAAUCAACAACAACAACAACAACAACAACAAGAAAAUUAUCUUGAUUCAAAAUUAAAAUUAAUUUUUCCAUUUAAUAAAUCUUUACGUCUUAUACAAAAAACACCAUCAACAACAACAUUAGAUAUUGAACAACCUUCAAUAGAAAAUAAUUAUACCAUUGAUCCAUUAUUAAUACUUGCAAAUUAUAUACAUCGUACUAGUAGAAUAUAUCAAGAUGAAUUAGGUCGUUUAGUUAUUAAAUUAAAUCAUAAUGAAAUUGUUAUACCACAUAUUGAAGCUGUUAAUUCAAUUGAAGCUAUAAAUAGAUCUCCACAACGUACUGGUAGUAUAAUUGCACGUUUAAUUGAUCGUAUUGGAAAAGUUCAAUCAAAUGGUGCUGGAGGAUUAAUAAUAGCAAUUGGAAAAAGUUCAUUUGAAUUAUCAAAAGAAAUAAUUGAUAAUUCAUAUAAAAAGAAUUCAAAUUUACAAAAUUCACAUUUAAUAUCGGAUCAUUAUCGAUCUACAAAAUCUCCUAACUUACCAUUAUUAAGACAUUCAAAAUCAGCUAGUACUUUAUCAUCAUCAAGUAUUGGAGAACAUCCAUCGUUUAAUGAUGAUCAACAAAUGCUUUAUACAAGAGAUGGUCGUGGUGAUGCAAGAUAUUUAAAUUUAACUUAUAUGGAUAAUUUAGAACAAGAUCAUACAAAUUUUCAAACAAGUUUAGAUUUGAAACCAUGUUUACUUAUUAUACCUGAUGAUGAAACAAUUCCAUCAUCGAAUCGUACAACACGUUUUUAUAUUCAAUAUACAAAUGAACAUGAUUCAUCAUCGAAUAGUAAUUUAAAUUCUACAAUGAUGUCAUCAAGUCAAAAUACUGUUCGAUCAACACAACCACAAUUAAUAUCUCCAUAUCAUUAUCAAAAUAUUGCACUUCGAGAAGCACCUGUUUAUUUAUAUAGACAAGGUGACAAUAAAAUUUAUUAUGAAAAUCUUGCUCAAUAUUUAUCUAUUGAACAAUCUUAUUUAUCAUCACGUACUGUUCGUCGUAUGUUAAAAUUUUCAUCUCGAAAUGAAUAUUUUACUUAUUUAUGUAAGAAAAUGUCAGCUAUGUUUGCUGAACAACUUGUUCAAGAAAGUGAAAAAUCAUCUAGUAAAGAUGAAAAUAUUAAUCUUAUUGGUAAUAAUAGUCAACAAAGAUCAAGAUCACAAGAUACAUUUUAUAAUAUACAAAAUGGUCCAACAAUAAAUAUGUCUGAAGAACAACAACAAGAUAAUUAUUAUAAUUUUUCAUCAAAAAUAAUUGAUCGAAGUCCAUUAUUAUCAAGUCGAUCACCACAAUCAAUUAAUGGUACAGGUGUUCAAAGUUUAAUAACAUCAGAAAAGAAUGUAACAUUACCUCGAAGUGCUACUUUAUCAGGACAGAGUAAUGAUGGAGAAAGUGAAAGUCGCACGAGUGUUUCACGUAGUGCUAGUGCUGCUGCAAAAGUGAUUACAAGUAAAUCGGAUACAAUAAAAUCAACUACAUCAUCAUCGGGACCUUCAAGUCGAGAGGUCUCACCAAAUCGUACAAAUGGUAGUAAAGGUACAACAGAAGAUGAAGUAAAAAAGGAGAAAAAAUCGAAAUUUCGAACACCAUCAUUUCUUCGAAAACGUAAAGAAAAAAAAGAAGCUGCAAGCAAAGAUAAAUCAGAAAAAUGA